CCAACUGGCAUGCAUCGAUCUCGAUCCCGCGAACGCUCGGCCCGGCGGUCACGCUCGCGCUCGCCAGCACGCGGUCCUCCGCGCUCACCACGCAACAACGGCGGUGGCAGCCGCUAUGGCGGCGACCGCGGCCACAAUGACCGUGGCGGCUACGGAGGCGGCGACCGUGGCGGUGACCGGGGCGGCGACCGGGGCGGUGGCUACGGCGGUGGUGGUGGCGGCGGCUUCAACGGUGGACGUGACGGUGGUGGCGGCCGAGGUGGUCGCGGUGCCUUUCAAGGUGGUCGUGGCGGUCGCGGUCGCGGCGGCAACUUUUCGAUUCCAUCAGGGCCGCCGCCGGAGCCCGUCAAGUCGGAGCUCUUCCCGCCGCAAGUCAACACGCUGUACCCAUGCCGCCCGUCGUUUGGUACGGCGGGCAAGCGCAUUGUCGUGUGGGCCAACCACUUCCAAGUCGACUUGAAGCCGCAAGGCGACGUCUUCCACUACGACAUUGGCAUUGCACCGGAGGGCAAGCCACCCCAGAACGAGCCGCCGCCCAAAGACCUCUGCCUCAAGGUGCUUGCCGUGCUCACCGACGUGAUCAAGGCCGAGUUUCCGCAGUACGUGGUCGUGCAUGAUGGCCGGCGCAACUUGUACACGCCGUCCAAGUUGCCGUUUGAGUUGCAUCUCUUCAAGUGCGUGCUCACGAACGACGCGCGCCCCAAGGUGUUUGACGUGUACGUCAAGGAAGCCGACCCGUGCAGCGUGCGCAUGGAGCAGGUGUGGGACUUCUUCUCGGGCCAGCUCAACUACACGCCGUACGAGGCCAUCCAAGCGCUCGACAUUGCGCUGCGCUACUCGGCGACCUCGCGCUUUACGGCGGUCGGGCGCAACUUUUUCUCCCCGGACAAGUCGGCUCGUCUCGGUGAAGGCGCCGAAGUGUGGUUUGGCUACCACCAGUCGCUGCGCCCGACGCAGACCAAGUUGACGCUCAACAUUGACAUGGCGGCGUCCGCGUUCCUCGAGGCGGUCCCGGCGCUCGAUUACAUGAGCGAAGCGUGCGGUCUCCGCGGCGUCCCGAACCAGCUCAGUCCGCAGCAGCACCACGCGGUCGCCAAGGCCUUCAAGGGCGUCAAGGUGCGCGUCUUGCACCGCCCCAACAUCAAGCGCGCGUUCAAGAUUGUGGCCAUCUCGAAAGAGUCGGCGGCGCAUCGCUUCUUCAAGGACGCCGAGGGCAAGGACGUGUCGAUCGCCGAGUACUUUGCAAAGACGUACAAGCCGCUGCAGUUUCCGCACCUGCCGUGCUUCCAGGUCGGCUCCAAGACGAGCUCCAACUUUUUGCCGAUCGAAGUGUGCCACAUUGCCGAGAACCAGCGCAUGCCCCGCAAGGUCUCGGACACGCAAGUCGCGUCGAUGAUCCGGUACACGUGCACCCACCCCGAGGAGCGCCGGCGCAAGAUUGAGGAGAAGGUCAAGGAAGCCCACUUUGAAGCCGACACGUGCCUUGCUGCGUUUGGGGCGACCUUGAACCCCAAGAUGCUCGCGAUCGAAGCCCGCGUGCUGCCCGACCCCAAGCUGCGCUACGCCCGCGACGCGAUCGAGGUGCCGGCGGCCGGCGCCUGGAACAUGCGCAACAAGGGCUUCUUUGAAGGCAUGGCCAUCGAGUCGUUUGCCGUCCUCUCGCUCUGCCACGAGCGCGACUCGCGGUCGAUUGACGAUUUCUUCGGCGCCCUCGUGAGCCAGCUCGGGAUGCUCAACAUGCGCGGGCCGUCCAAGCCGCCGCCGGUCCUCUUGCGCCGCGGCGAGUCGGUCGAAAGCCUCUUUGGCCGCGCGAUCGACGCGGCCACGCAGGUCUAUGGUCUCCCGGCCCAAGUCGUCUUUAGCGUGCACCCAGAUACGUCGGUCAUGAACUAUGGCGACCUCAAGCGCGCGUCGGACGUGACGUUUGGCAUUCCGUCGCAGUGCCUCCUUCUCAAGCACGCGCAGCAAAAGAAGCCGCAGUACAUGGCCAACCUCUUGAUGAAGGUCAACGUCAAGCUCGGCGGGCGCAACGCGGUCUGCUCGGAGCCGCUCCCCAAGGUGGCCGAAGUGCCCACGAUCAUCUUGGGCUGCGACGUGAGCCACCCGGGCCCGGGCGACAAGAGCCGCCCGUCGAUCGCGUCGGUCGUGGCGACCAUGGAUGCGUACGCGUGCUACCACGCGGCCUCGGUGCGCAAGCAAGGCCAUCGCGUCGACAUCAUCGAGGACCUUGAAGGCAUGGUCAACGAGCUCCUCCGGCAGUUUUACGCCGAGACGCGCCUCAAGCCUUUGCGCAUCCUUGUCUACCGCGACGGCGUCAGCGAAGGCCAGUUCCAGCACGUCUUGACGCACGAGAUUGCCGCCAUUCGCCGCGCGACGGCCAAGCUCGAGGAGGGCUACAACCCGCAGGUGACGUUUGUCGUCGUCCAAAAGCGCCACCACACGCGGUUCUUCCCGACGUCGCAGGCCGACGCCGACCGCAGCGGCAACGUGAAGGCCGGCACAGUCGUCGACACGGGCGUGUGCCACCCGACCGAGUACGACUUCUAUCUCAUGAGCCACGCGGGCCUCCAAGGCACGAGCCGCCCGGCCCACUACCACGUGCUCUUGGACGAGAUUCAAUUUUCGCCGGACGAGCUCCAGAACCUCACGUACCAGCUGUGCUAUACGUUUGCCCGCUGCACGCGGUCCGUCUCGAUCGUACCCGCUGUCUACUACGCCAAGCUCGUCGGCGACCGCACGCGCCUCUUUCUGCAAGAGAGCAGCGACGGCGGCUCGACGAUCGACGGUACCUUUGUCGAGUCGACGGGUCGCAUCAUGGACGUGCACCGCAACCUCGGCCGCCUCAUGUACUAUGUCUAAUCUCUGUCGCUUGAGUUUACGAAGAAGUUUUGGUACCUUCCCUUGGAGUUUG